AUGCCUCUCAAUAUUUUACGUCACUCGGAGGCGAUGGAGUGUACGUCUGAGCGGCUGAUAAUCAGGGACAAAGAGGGUCGUCUUCUGUUCUCCGCCACUCGUGAUGAGGUGCUCGUCGGUGCCAGGCACCUCACAGUCAAAGGUGAAGGAGGUGCGGUGUUCAGCGGGUCAGUACAGACAGCACAUGUGACGGCGCCCGUCAGAGAGAACCUCCUGCUAGAGUCUCUGACGCGGAGCUUGGAGAUCACGGCACCUCAGGGCGUGGCGCUAGAGUCUCGCGCUGGCACCAUCACCGCCCGAUGUCUCCACGACUUCACCCUCCAGUCCACCGGGGGUGUGAUCAAGUUCGAUACCCCCAACAUCUUCGUCAGAGGUCUGAGAACCUCGACCAUCCAGAGCAGUGACCCCAGCCGUGCCAGACCCGAUGUUUACCAGGUGUGUGUGUGCAGCAGUGGUCGCCUCUUCCUGGCGGUGCCCAGCGGAGUGUGUGCAGCUGAUCAGGACUUCUGCAAGUAAUGCUCUACCACCUGCAUCUGCAGGCAGCUCUGCAUCCUCCAUCCCUGCUACUGGGAAACUUGGUUACUUCCUUGAAGCAGCUCAGGAAUCCUCCUGUAGGGCUUCCAGUACUCGCCUGGUAAGCCCCUGAUACCAACGUCAAGGACUCCUGCGUUCCUUGAAGCAGCUUAGGAAUCCUCCUGCAGGGCUUCCAGUACUUGCCUGGUAGGCCACUGAUAACUGCUACAAAGACUCCUGUUCUUUACCUCUCCGGAAGGACGUGAACACGGUCGAUGAGUCCAACCCGGCUGUCCUCUGGAGAAGGAUGUAAUCAAAGAACUUCAAGCGGUUUCUCGCUAGGACUUAAGGUGCCUCUAGCGGUGUCACAUUAACAUUACCAUGAGUGUAACGUCAGUACUAGUACUGCUGACAUAAUGUGCCAGACUUUUGUUUACGCGGGAAUGCGGGUGAAAAUGGUAAGCAAAUGAAUGAAAAAAGAAAGUCAAAAAAAAAAAGGGAAAGCCAGAGCGGAUGCGAUGGUGUGGGGAAUCCUGACUUUCACUGGGAUUAUCUUCCAGUGUCAGCUUGGCUCUCAAGUUCCGCUCUUGAAACCUCUUUGUUGUUCUUGUUGUUCUUGUUGCAGCCUCGGGGUCUCCCGGCUCCUCCGUCCCUUCUGCUCCUUGUUUCUCCUGCCUCCAUUCUUUCUCUCCUGGUGUUUCUUCUCUCGUUCGUCCUCCUCCUUCAGCUGGUUCUCUUCUUCCCGUUCUUCCUUCUUCUCCCUCUGUUAUUUUUCCUGUUUUUCCUCCUGCUCUCGCUCUUUCUUCUCCUCUCUUGUUCCUCCACUUAAUUCCCACCUUCAAAUCCUUUUCCUUAUGUUGCUGCUGACAGCUCCGCUUCCUCCUCCCCUGUUUCUCCUUUUCCACUUCCUCCUCUUCCUGGUGUUGCUGCUAACUGCACCUCUGCCGGGUAGUCGAAGUGCUGAGCGAUAAAUGGAGGCGACUAGGCCAGAGGCUGCUGAUAACAGCUACCCACACAACAAUGACGAGGUGAAUCAGGAGACGUGUGUACAUGACGGCUGGGGAAGACAAACUGAAACUGAAACAUACAGAGAGGCAAAUAUUAAAAAAUAAAAUACUGAAAGAAGAAAAACACGAUGUAUUUGGAAAUGAAGGAUGUUCAAUGAAUGUUCGUGAGGGCGAAACGUGACGGGACAGAACAGUGUUUUGAAUAACUGAUGAGAGCAAAGGUUAAUUUAGUUGAGAGGUGAGUAUAUGAACUUUACUCUAGUGCUGAGGAGACUGUGAGUUGAGAUGUGAAGACUGUGAGUUAAGCUGAGGAGGCCGAGUUGAGCUGAGACUGUGAGUUAAGCUGAGGAGACUGUGAAUUAAGCUGAGGAGACUGUGAGUUGAGUUGAAGA